ACCCAAAUCAUUCAAAAACAACAAUUUGAUUCUUUGGAAAUCGAUCAAAUCAAGGUCAGAAUGCAUAAACCAUUUUCUCCAUUUUUCACCUCUCUCAAACACCUCGAAAAAAGGCUCAAACUUGAAAACAAUGAAGCAGCAGCAGCAGGACCCUCCAGUCUCCCCCGACCUCCACCGCCGCCGCCGAUAGAACCCCAGGAAGCCAUCAACACCACACAAGAAACAGAAUCUCUUGGCACCCCAAUUUACCUCUGCAACCAAUCCAGCUCAAUCGCAUCCCACGUCCAAGAAAGCCAAGCCCCACAAGAAUUCAUCACAAAACCCCUCAAUUCCCCACCCACCAAUCACGACGAAGCCGAAGCUGAAGCAGAAGCCGAAGAAAGAGUUGUUCAUCCGGAAAGACUCGAUCUUGACGACGAUAUCGAGCUCCUGAUGCAGCUCCUGCGCCUCUCAGAUGCGGGAACUCAUCAAUUAGGGUGCUGCAACGAUGAUGAGUUUUAUGACAAGAUUGUGGGGGUGAAGGGUCCCAAGAAUGUGAAGGAAUUGGAGAGAUUAGAGUGGUGGAUUAAGCAUUUCUGCAACGGUGAGAGCAAGGAGCCCUUUAGAUUGGUGCAUUUGCUGCUGGGAAAAGCUGCUUUUUUGCAUUCGGAUGAUGGUUUUGGUGGGCUUGUGUUUCCCUCUACUAUCGAUGAGUUCUUGAAGAAUGAUCCCCCAACCGAUUAGGCUUGUGUUCAAUUUUCUCCCUUUGAGUGGUUUUUGGAGGACGAGUGGAUGCGACCAGCUGAAGCUGGUGGAUGGAUAAGCGAAGUAUAUGAAGAGUAUCGCUUGGUUUUACUGGACCAUGCAUGUUUGGAAGAUUGUGGUGUGUGUGCCACUGUGCUUGAUACAGUUCGACUUAUUAUCUGCUAAAAUGUUUAAAUUUCAGUCUUAUCAACAUCGUCGUUGACUACUUGAAACAUUUCUAUGCCAUGGACAGUGGUAAGAAAGUGCCUUCAGUUUUAUUAGAAUAGGCUUAUCAACAUAGCAUAAAUAUGCAUAAACAGACUCUCUUUAUAACACAUUUCAUUUCGUAGAGAACUAUAAUCUUGCAAUACCUCUGGUGGCAUUGAGGAUUUCAGCUUUAAGGUUUAGGAUCAAGUACUGGUUUUGAAUGUUUUCAUGUGGUCUUUGGAAUCUCAGUUGCUUCGUUUUUUACUUUUGCCCGUAGGUUUGAGAGGGCACCGGGAAUUAGCUAUGUCUUUCUAAAUGCAGAAAAAACAGCUAAAAUAUAUGGCAGCUGUGUGCUUUAGUGUGAUAGUGAUAUUGGUCGAUUGAAUCAAUAUAUUCACUUAUUAGUACAUUAUGCAGUAUGAGAAGUGGUUGGAUUUGGAAUUUUGGAUGCAUGUCCAUUUACUGGCAGGUAAAGUUGUUUCUUGUUGGGAAUAUCUGGCUUUUAGUCAUUCUUUACGCUGUUCGUGUAUUAUUUCUGUACUUGCAAUAAACAAAAUUCUUCGAUUAUACAUCCAUUAUGUCUGAAUGGUUUUAGGGUGCCUUUUUCAAGUUGGUCUGCACACAGAAUAUGAGGUGAAAAUGAGUCCGUUUGAUGGCCAUCAAAGAAGGACCUCUUCCGGUGCUGGGAGAUGAUAUUUCCAUGGAUAUUCGCGCGACUCUGAAAGAUGCUGCUACAGAGAAAAAGGAUUGGCCCUCCUCCGUACUAUUUUGCCACAUUGAAAAACUGAUUGGGUCUAUUUUUUGGACUCGUCUGCUUUUACCAAUAAAGACGAGCAGAGUAUUGAGACGUGCUUGGUCGAAUGCAGGUCUCUGUUGCUACUACGAAGACAUGUAUGUAAACUUCAAGCUGGUGACUGAAACAACUCCAAAGAUAGCAGGGAUCAGAUUGUGGAUCACCAUAGUAAAAAGCUCUAUUUUAAUUUGGUAGUAUUUUCUUUGGUAAUCCUAAUCUUUGAUUUUCUAGUCUGAUUAUAUAUUGUGUUAUUGUCGCAAAAUUAACUAGUUUUAUUUAUUUUGGAGUUGUAACAUAAGCUGUUAUAUUUGAAACCCCACUAUUGAAUAAAAUUACAUUAUUUGGUCUAUCAAAAUAUUCACAUUAGGAAAAAAAAAAGGAAACUGAAGAGUGUGAAAUAUAACUAAAACAAAAAAAAAAAACAAAAUGAAUCAUGGGACAAAUCAAAAAGGAAACCCAGGGAUGACUAUUAUUUUCACUAACAAUUUCUUAUUUAUUUCUUUUUAAACCUUUUUUAUUUUGUUAAUUUAAUAAUUAAUGAGAUAAAAUAAAAAAAAGACUUGAUGUAUAAACCUUACCGGUUGUCAACUUGCCGAUUCGGAGGAAAUGCAACCAACUGUGGCGCAUUCGAGGUUACUAGCUCGGCCGCUGCUCAAGGCUGCGCGCGCCUUCUCUACCUCGCCGUCCAAGAGCGGCGGAGAGAAGAUCAUUGCUUCCGUUCUGUUCGAGAGGCUUCCGGUUGUGAUACCAAAAAUCGAUCCGGUCGUUUAUGCAUUUCACGAAUUCUCGUUCCGAUGGCAACAGCAGUAUAGAAAAGAAUAUCCUGGUUCAUUCUUGCAGAAAUCUAAUGCAAGGGGACAAGGUGAUCAUCAUAUUGAGUAUACGCCGGCUCCACGGAUCACUGAAGCCGAUAAAACCAAUGAUAAAAAGUCACUACAGAGAGCACUUGACCGGAGGCUUUAUCUUCUUUUAUAUGGCUCUUCAUUUGAUUCUAAUGGAACACCUGUCUGGCACUUCCCUGAGAAGGUUUACGACUCUGAACCAACACUACGCAAGUGUGCUGAAUCUGCUCUAGAAUCUGUUGUGGGAGAUCUUUCGAAAACUUAUUUUGUUGGAAAUGCUCCAAUGGGCCAUACAGUUGUACAGCCAGCAGAAAAUGACAAGGUUGAUGCACCUUCUAAGCGAUUCUUUUUCAAAAGUCAACUCAUCGCUACGAGCAAGAUCAAUGUUGAAAAGUGUGAAGAUUACUUAUGGGUGACAAAGGAUGAGCUAUUGGAGUAUUUUCCUCAGCAUGCUGAAUACCUCAACAAAAUGAUCAUCAGCUGAUAAUUUUUUACUCUUUGUUUUCCUAGCUCUUUGAUCAACUUUAGAAAAAAAGAUGAUGAAUUGUUUGAUAUAUUUCUGCCUUCGUCGUCAGGAGUUGCAUGUUUCGGAGUUUACUAGGUUUUGAUGUGACUAAUGAGGGGAUGAAGGUAUUUUAGUUGUUUCAAGAAGUGUAGUAGUAAUAAUUAUCAUAGGCUUAUGUCUGUAUGAAUUAUAAUCCCCCAAUCUAUUGGCCUUGCAUUCAAUUUCCUCUUUGGGGGGUUUUGUAAGCAUUUGAGAAAAGAAAUAGUGAAUGGAAAAGAUGAUGACCAUA